UCAAAACAACCUUAGAUUAACAGAAACAACAAACCAUAGAUACAAUGAUAAUCAGAUCACUUUCUCCAUCAAAGCUGAAAAAACUACUUCUCCCAUUCACUUUCUCAGCAUAUACGCACACAACUCCUACAUCCAACUCUUUACCUCCAAUUCUUGAAAAUCUUUAUACCCAAAACCCUACUAAAACCCUUGUCCCACCUUUCUUUUUUAGAUUCAAAAACUACUCUACAACUUCAAAGAUUCAAUCUUUAUCAAUUUCUAGAGAUGGGAAUUAUGAAGAAUCCAUUUCUAAUGUCAUUUGCCCUGGUUGUGGUGUUACUAUGCAAGAAUUUGAUCCAAAACAACCAGGUUAUUUCAUUAAACCUUCAGUUAAAACUCCAAAUUAUAAAGAAUCCAUUAACAAGAAUCCAAUAGUUGAUGAACCAGAAAUAUCAUUUUCUUUAAAAAGGGGUUUGCUCAAUGAGUUUGAAAAUCAAGAAAAUGUUGAAAACCAAGUUGAGAAAAUUGGAAAACCAGUUGUUUGUGCUAGGUGUCAUAGUUUAAGGCAUUAUGGGAAGGUUAAAGACCCGAGUGUCGAGAAUUUAUUGCCUGAUUUUGAUUUUGAUCAUACUGUUGGUAGGAGGUUGAUGUCGAGUAGCGGGGCGAGGGUGGUUGUUUUAAUGGUAGUUGAUGCAUCUGAUUUCGAUGGAUCGUUUCCUAGGAAAGUAGCUCAGUUAGUUUCUAGGACGAUUGAAGAGAAUUCACGUGCGUGGAAGGAGGGUAAAUCGGGUAAUGUACCUAGAAUAGUGUUGGUAGUUACAAAAAUUGAUCUUUUACCUAGCUCGUUGUCACCUACUAGGCUUGAACAUUGGGCUAGAACAAGGGCAAGAGAGGGUGGGGCGAUCAAGUUGACGAGUUUACAUAUGGUUAGUGCAGUGAGGGAUUGGGGAGUGAAGAAUUUGGUUGAUGAUGUAGUGGGAUUGGCGGGGCCCAGAGGGCAUAUUUGGGCAGUAGGGGCACAGAAUGCCGGAAAGAGCACGUUGAUUAACGCGAUAGGAAAGUGCUCUGGUGGGAAUGUAAAUCAUUUAACGGAGGCACCAGUGCCGGGGACCACAUUAGGGAUACUGAGGGUAGAAGGGGUGCUUCCGGGGAACGCUAAGUUGUUUGAUACCCCGGGACUUUUACAUCCUCAUCAGAUUGUGACAAGGCUGACUAGGGAAGAACAGAAGCUAGUUCAUAUAAGUAAGGAGUUGAAGCCGAGGACAUAUAGAAUCAAGGUAGGACAUUCAGUUCAUAUAGGUGGGCUCAUGCGAUUGGAUGUGGAAGAAUUAUCUGUUGAUUCUGUGUAUGUUACAGUUUGGGCAUCUCCGCUGAUUCCACUUCAUAUGGGGAGGACAGAGAAUGUCAGCACAAUGCUGGAAGAACAUUUUGGGCGUCAGCUGCAGCCGCCGAUUGGAGAGGGACGAGUUGAGGAGCUAGGGGAAUGGUUGAAGAGAGAAUUUCAUGUGAGUGGGAAUACGUGGGAUUCAAGUUCUGUUGAUAUUGCUGCUUCUGGUCUUGGUUGGUUUGCCAUUGGACUAAAGGGAGAGGCUAAAUUAGGUGUCUGGACAUAUGACGGCGUUGAUGUCGUAGUUCGUAAUGCAUUACUUCCAAACAGAUCAUAUAAUUUCGAAGUUGCUGGCUUUACUGUUUCGAAAAUUGUUUCCACUGCUGAUCGAACCUCAAAUAAGCAGCGCUGUAUUGAGAAGAAAAGGAAAUUAAAUGACUCUACUGCAGAAAAACUUGAAGAAGCAUCAACUGUCGAAGUGGCUUCAACUAGUUGCUAAUAGUGGAAGCAUUUACUAUAUGGCGAAAUCUUGCUAAGUCUGUCAGAUGCAUGUUGUUAUUCAUUUUGGAACCGAAACGAAAAUUCGUUAUCUGCUCAGAAGGAAAUUUAUUUUGCUUGUCCCAACACUGGAAUGCCGAUCGAACAUGGGAAGAAUCACCUAUGUUACCUCUCCAAGACUUGAAUAACUUUUAAUGUUUUCUACCAUGAUAUUGUCGGGGCAUCAAAACCGGAGAAAUGCAUUAAGGAGAGGCAGUCAAGGUCUACUACUGCAUUGGAAACCCCUUUUCUUGUGAUAAGUUGUAUCAGUUUACUCUCAACUGAAAGCAGAAGCUGCUGUUCGUACCUUUGUUAUAUACAAA